UCAGCGCCAUCUCCCAACAAAAUACUCUCGAGUCUCCGACGAAUUAACAUUCUGUUUAACAAACGAGAUCCUCAGGAAAUCUGAGUCGUCUCAGCACUAUACUCUCCAGAUCUCACAAAGUUUGUGGGUGAGUCCUCUUUCUUGCUCGGCUUUAAUUUUUCUAAUUCCCUCACAAAUCCAUUUGGUUCUGCUCUCUUGGAUCUUUCCUGAAAAAUCUUAAUUUCUUUUCCGCAAGCUGCAAAAUUUCCUACUGAGCAAUUGAUUUGGCAUAUGAUAUGGACUUGGUUGAACUUUCUAUAUUGUUGUGUGCUUAUUUGGUACUUCCGAAGUCUGAAUCAAAAAUUCCAUGAUCCCAAUGCUUUAUUUGUUUAAAUUGCAAAUUGGGUAUGAUUAAUGACAUUCCCUUUCCAUACCCAUAAGCUGGAUUCAUAUUAUCAUGAAAAAUUUUCCAUUUGGGUCUACUGGGAGUCCCAAGUCCUUCCAGGCAUACCCAAGAGGCGCUGACUUUGAUUUGGAAUCAGGAAUCAGUAGACGUGCCCGAAAGCAUAAGAAUUCACACUUUCAUCCCAUCAAAAUGCUUAAAUCUUUCGGAACCCGUAUUCAGUAUUACUAUAAGCUGCACCCAAUUUUAUUUUUCAUCAUCUCCUUGUCACUUGGAAUCACGAUUCUCAUCAUUCUGUCUCUAUAUGAGAGCCACUACCGGAUGAUGAGUAAUUACCGAAAACUCGAUGUGGGUUCGGAUAAUUAUCCAUUUCCAAAGCUUCACAAUCUUGUAAUGGUUGCCGGGCAUUCUAUAUAUACAAGUAGUAGCUGUGGGAAAGCUGAUGAGGAGGAUUCAUGGUUUUUGGAGUCUUAUCAGAAGAAUCCUGGCCAAGCUCCUACAUUUGUGAGACACAUACAAGAGGGAGUUGAAACUGCAGCCAAAGAUGAUACAGCUUUGCUUUUGUUUAGUGGUGGAGAGACUCGGAAAGAUGCUGGUCCUCGUAGUGAGGCGCAGAGUUAUUGGAAUGUUGCUGAGUCGAGAGGAUGGUUUGGCGAGGAAAAUGUGAGAUGGAGGACACUCACAGAAGAGCAUGCGAGGGACAGUUUUGAGAACCUUCUCUUUAGUGUGUGUCGUUUCCGAGAGCUUACUGGCACAUAUCCUUAUAACAUAACUGUUGUAAGUUAUGAUUUUAAGGAAGAGAGAUUUGCGCAUCUGCAUCGGUCUGCAAUUGGAUUUCCAGAGUCGAGGUUCCACUACUUAGGCACCCCCGCUUCACCGACUUCAAAAGAAGCAGCUCUGAAAGGCGAGGCAUUGGUGCGGGCUCAAUUCCAAGGAGAUCCUUAUGGGUGUCAAGGUUCACUCUAUCGGAAGAAACAACGGCGUGAUCCUUUUCACCGGUCAAUCCCUUAUCCUAAUGGGUGUCCAGAGAUUGAAGAUCUGUUCAGAUACUGCGGGGCAGCUCCUUAUCCAGGCUCCCUUCCGUGGCCUAGUAAAGCUAGUUAGAAACUUUUUCUACCUUGUUACAUAACAUAAAAUGAAGCAACCCUUACAGCCAGAAAGAGAUGCUUAAGCUGACAUUAAUGUAAUUCUUUUUAAUAAAAUUUUCCUAAUCGAUUUGUCAAAAAAAAUUAACCGAGAAAUUUUUUGGCUGCUGGGAUGGAAAUUUAUGUCUCCAUCAGGUGUUGGGCAAUGCCAAUUUGUACACCAUGUUUAUGCUCUGUUUGGUUGGGAAACCUCUCGACUGUAAUGAGGCACUAAUGAUGGUACAUGGUAUGUAAUUAUUCACGUUCUUGUUUCUCUCA